AUGAGAGGCAACCAGACAUGGAUCACAGAGGUUACUCUACUUGGAUUCCAAGCUGAUUUCUCUGUAGAGUGUUUUCUUUUUGGGUUUUUCUUUCUCUUUUAUUUCUUUACUCUUCUUGGGAAUGGGGUCAUCCUUGGAAUAAUAUGCCUGGACCACAGACUGCACACACCUAUGUACUUCUUCCUCUCACAUCUGGCCAUUGUUGACAUGUCUUAUGCUGCCAACAACGUCCCCAAGAUGCUGGCAAAUCUUGUGUCUAAAAGAACCAUCUCCUUCAUUCCAUGCAUAAUGCAGACAUUCUUGUAUUUGGCUUUUGCUCACAUAGAGUGCCUGAUUUUGGUGGUGAUGUCCUAUGACAGGUUUGUGGCCAUCUGUCAUCCCCUACACUACACUGUUAUCAUGAACUGGAGAGUAUGUACUAUCCUGGGUGCUGCUUCCUGGAUAUUAAGCUUCCUCCUGGCUCUGGUCCAUUUAGUCCUCAUCCUGAGACUGCCCUUCUGUGGACCCCAUGAAAUCAAUCACUUCUUCUGUGAAAUCCUGUCUGUCCUCAAGCUGGCCUGUGCUGACACAGCACUCAAUCAAAUUGUCAUCUUUGCAGCUUGUGUGUUCAUCUUAGUGGGACCCUUAUGCUUAGUGCUGGUCUCCUCCACACGCAUCCUGAUGACCAUUCUAAGAAUCCAGUCAGGGGAGGGUCGCAGAAAGGCCUUCUCCACCUGCUCCUCCCACCUCUGUGUGGUCGGGCUCUUCUUUGGCAGUGCCAUAAUUAUGUACAUGGCUCCCAAGUCUCAGAACCCAGAGACACAGCAGAAGAUACUUUCCCUGUUUUACAGCCUUUUCAACCCAAUGCUGAACCCCCUGAUCUACAGCCUGAGGAAUGCUGAGGUAAAAACUGCCCUGAGAAGGGCACUGUGGAAGGAAAGAUCAGCAUGA